AUGAACGUUGCCGGUAGCAGAGCUCCUGCUGGGAGACCCAAGAUCCUUACACGUGAGGACUUCGCCAAACAACAACAAGCUAGUGCUGCACCAAAUUCUGGCUCAAAUAGUCCAAGUACUGGUCAAGUUAAAAGGAAAAACAGAAACAACAAGAGUAGAAAUAAGAAAAAGAGUAAUAGUAAAGGUAUCAAACUAUCAAUUCGAUUAUUACCUCCAAAUUUACAACAGGAUGAAUUCUGGAAUAAAGUUUCAGAUUUGGUUAAUCAAGACUCAAUUUUGGAGAAAUAUUUUGUCCAGGGGAAAUAUUCAAAUAAACCAUUCAAAUUACCAAUUUAUUCAAGAGCUUAUAUUCAAUUCAAAGAUUCCAAAAAACUAGAUGAAUUCGUCGCCAAGUAUAAAGAUGUUACGUUUGAAGAUGAUCGAGAAAGUAUGAUUCCUCAAUUUCAAUUGGCUUUACUUAAUAGAGUUCCAGAUUCUUCAAGACAAUAUCUUAAACCAAAGCAAAGUUUGGAAAAUAUGUUAUCAUACAAGACUUUUCUUAAAUUUCUCAAUGGAGAAAUUGAAAGACCUACAAGUUUUUUGAUAUCUGAAACUGUUGAGAAAAGGGAGAAGGACCUAAAAGAGAAGGAUUCAAAAGAGAAGGAGAAAUUGGAAAAGAAGAAAUUGGAGAAGAAGGAAAAGAAGAAGCAAGAAAAGAAGGAUAAAAAGAAGAAGGAUGAAGGUAUAAAGACUACUGAUGAAUCAAAUAAACCAAAAGUUGUUGAAGUGAAGCAAAAUGAAGGUGAUGUUGUGAAAAAGGAUAAACCAAAAAGACAAAGACAACGUAAACCAAAGCAACAGACAAGUGAAGGAGAUGAUAAGAAGGAGAACAAGCCAAAGGAGAAUAAACGGAAGGAGAAUAAGCCAAAGGAUCAAAAGCCAAAAGAACCAAAGGAAAAGUCAAAAGAGAAGCCAAAAGAUCAAAAACCAAAAGAUUCAAAACCAAAAGACCCAAAGCCAAAAGACCAACCAACUGCUUCAAAACCAAAACCAAAAUUUUAA